AUGGAAUUCUUUAGUAGUUCACUUAUUCUACAAGCUAUGCGGGCUAUCUGUUUAUUACUAUUGACAAUCAACCUAGCAAUCGCGUCGGUAUCACUGUCUCACAAGCCUGGAUAUUGCAACACUUAUGGAAAUUGCGGUAAAAAGUCGGUGUUUGGCAAACCAUUACCAUGUGCCGAGUUUGUCCCUGCUGUUAAGGCAAGUCAGGAGUCACGAGAGAAAUUAAAAUCAAUAUGUGGAAAGGAUUUCGACUACAUUUGUUGUUCUCCAGAACAAAUUGAUAUUUUGGAGCUGAACUUGAAAAGAGUCGACCCACUAAUUUCGUCAUGUCCAGCAUGCAGAAAGAACUUUUAUGACUUCUUCUGCCAAUUUAGUUGUUCACCCAAUGAAUCCCAAUUUGUUGAAAUCAUCAAAACUGAAACUGCUAGAGAUACAGGCAAAGAAAUAGUAACUGAAAUAAACCAGUAUGUGGAACCAGGAAUGGCAAACCAGUUUUUUGACUCGUGCAAAAACGUAAAGUUCCUGGCAACCAACGGUUACGCAAUGGAUUUGAUUGGUGGUGGUGCAAAGAAUUAUCUGCAAUUUUUAAAGUUUUUAGGAGACGAAAAACCAUUAUUGGGCGGGUCUCCUUACCAAAUAAACUUCGUAUACAAACUUCCAGAAACCGACUCGGGUCUUGUUUUGCGAAAUGAACCAUUAAGAGACUGUAAUGACAAAGAGUACAAAUGUGCAUGUACUGAUUGUGAAGAAUCAUGCCCAAAAUUGCCACAUGCUAAAGAUUUAACCAAAAAAUGUACUGUUGGUGUUUUACCGUGUUUUUCGUUUAGCAUCAUAAUCAUUUGGUCAUGCAUGAUAGUUUUGUUAGGAGGAUAUCAUGUAUACUUGGCAAAAUUGAAGAAAGAACGAAGACGAUCAAUUGCAGAAGAUUCCGAAGAUGACGAAAGCACCAUGAUUAACCCUUUGUUUUAUGCUGGACUUGGGAAGAAACGGGCUAAACAAUUCCUGAGUGAAAUAGGACUGAAAAUUCAAGAUUGGUUUGCAAAUAUUGGUUACUUUUGCUCAAAAUUUCCGGGUAUCUCAAUUGGAACUAGUUUGGCAGUUGUGGUUUUGCUUUCUUUGGGACUUUUUAAAUUGCAACUAGAAACUGACCCCGUCAAGCUUUGGGUUAGUCCAAAUGACCCUGCUUACAAGAACCAACAGUAUUUUGAGUCCAAUUUUGGUGAAUGGUUUAGAAUUGAACAAGUUAUUGUAAGCUCAAAAGACGAUGGACCCGUUUUGAAUUGGGAUAUUGUCAAGUGGUGGUUUGAUAAAGAAUCUCAAUUGGAAACAUUGAAUGAGAAUGUUCGCUUAUCUGAUAUUUGCUUUAAACCAUUAGAUGAAACUUGUGCCUUGCAAUCAUUUACACAGUACUUCCAAGGCGAUAUUUCAGGCUUAACAGAAACCAACUGGAAGUCAAAAUUGCAAAGUUGUGUUGACUCUCCAGUAAAUUGUUUACCCACUUUCCAACAGCCAUUGAAGCCAAACAUUUUGUUUGAUAGUAACGACAUUUCCCAAGCCAAGGCGUUCACGGUAACGGUAUUGGUAAACAGCGAUACUCAAAAUGAAAACUACACUUCCAACACAAUCUCCUAUGAACAUCUGUUCCAGAAGUGGGCAGCAGACUUACAAACAGAAUAUCCAAAUUUGAAUAUUGCUUACAGCACCGAGAUCUCCCUUAAAGAAGAACUUAAUCAAUCUUCAAAUACAGACAUAAAAACUAUUGCCAUAUCGUAUUUGGUUAUGUUUAUAUAUGCUUCUUUAGCCCUUGGUGGCAAACUACCAAGCGCCAACUUGUACUCAUUGGUGAAAACAAGAUUUACAUUAGGGUUUUCGAGUAUAAUUAUAAUUCUAUUAUCUGUAACGGCGUCAGUGGGAUUCUUUUCUAUUAUUGGAUUAAGAUCUACAUUAAUUAUUGCUGAGGUGAUUCCGUUUUUGGUGUUAGCAAUAGGUAUCGACAACAUAUUCUUGAUAGUCCACGAAUUGCACGUAAUAAGCGAGGGCAAUCCUAAUUUGGCUUUGGAGGUACGGAUUUCUCAAGCUUUGAAACAUAUUGGACCUUCGUGUUUUAUAAGUGCUGUUUUACAGGUGUGCAUGUUUUUGUUGGCUACCUCUGUGGGUAUGCCAGCAGUAAAAAAUUUUGCAUACUACGGAGCUGGUGCGGUUUUAAUCAAUUUCUCGUUACAGAUGACUUGCUUUAUCGGGCUAUUAGCAUUAGACCAGCGCAGACUAGAAGAUAACAGAGUUGAUUAUGUUCCUUGGGUUACAAUUUCUCCAAUCCAAUUACAGGACAAUGAUGAAAUCGAUGAACCAGUACAUCUUGAGUACAACUUUUCUCGUUGGAUAGGAGAUCACUAUGCGCCAUUUUUGCUAAAGAAAACAACAAAGCCCAAAGUCAUAACUUUAUUUGUGUUGUGGGUUGGGAUUUCCCUCAGUUUGUUUCCUAAAAUCCAGCUAGGAUUAGACCAAAGAAUUGCCAUACCUUCCAAGUCUUAUUUGGUCAACUAUUUUAAUUCAGUAUAUGACUACUUGAACGUUGGUCCUCCGGUUUUCUUUGUUGUCAAGGACUUGGAUUAUAGCGAAAGACUGAAUCAACAGAAAAUCUGUGGUGGAUUUUCUGCAUGCGAUGAAUUUUCGUUGGCCAACAUUUUGGAACAAGAGUUUAAACGUUCAGAUAUAUCAAUGCUUUCUGAACCUGCAUCCAACUGGUUGGAUGAUUUCUUUAGUUGGUUGAACCCUGAUUUGGAUCAAUGUUGUCGAUUUAAGAAGAGCACCGUCUUCGAAAAGACUCCAGAAUUUUGCUCACCUAAUGCCCCUCAACGUCAAUGCCAAUCAUGUUAUUUAAACCACAAUCCUCCUUAUGACUCAAGUAUGAAGGCUUUCCCUGAAAGAGACUUUAUGUUUUAUUUUAAUGACUGGAUACAGGAACCAUCGGAUCCGUGUCCAUUGGGAGGAAAGGCUGCACAUGGACAGGCUAUAUCCCGAACCACCGAGAAAAUCGACUCGAGUUAUUUCCGAACAUCCUUUGCGCCACUAAGAGGCCAAGAUGAGUUUAUCAAUGCAUACAAAAGUGGAAACAACAUUGUCAAAGAAAUUACAAAGUUGAUUCCUUCAAUGGACGUAUUUGCCUACUCCCCAUUUUUCAUAUUUUUCACACAAUACCAGAACAUUGUGUUGUUGACAGUAGCUUUACUAACAGUAGCAAUGCUAAUCAUAUACGUAAUUAGCACAUUUUUGUUGAGCUCAUUCAGAGCUGCAAGUAUUCUCACAAUUACAAUCACAGCAAUUAUGAUUAACAUCGGUGGAGUAUUAGCAUUGUGGUCGAUAUCCCUAAAUGCAGUCACUUUGGUCAAUUUGGUUAUAUGUGUCGGGUUUGCAGUUGAGUUUACCAUACACUUGACCAGAGCAUAUUGCGUGCCCAAAGUUAAGAUGUUUGAUAAUCCUGCCGAAGAGGAAUUGUACAAUAACCUCGUCAAUGCUGAGCCAGAAAACACUCGAAGAAGUUCAAUAACCAGCUUGAAUGCGGAAUUCAGAAAUACCAAAGCACAUAACGCAUUGUGCAGUGUUGGAGGCUCGUUGAUAAGUGGAGUCACGUUGACAAAAUUGAUCGGUAUUUCAGUUUUAGCCUUUACAAGAUCUCAGAUCUUUGAAGUUUAUUAUUUCAGAAUGUGGCUCUCUUUAGUUGUGAUUAGUUUUGUCCACGCAUUUGUUUUGUUACCGGUGUUAUUAAGCUUUUAA